AUGAAGGACUAUAGAAGAAUAGUGGAGUGUGAUGAAGAUGAAGGAGGUUUCGUGAUGAAUGAUGAAGAUGCAGAAGAGAGUUUUUUCUCAAUGUUUUGGAAGAUGAAGAUGAAGGUGGAGAGUGAAUAUUGGGAGAGGAAGAAGAGAGAAAUUUUAGCGAGUUUUCUUUUGAUUCCUUUGAAGAGAAUGAAGAAUCCCCUUGAUAAAUCUGCUUGGUAUUUGGCAGCUGGCUUGGUUUUCGCAGCCGACUUGGGCUUGGAAGCAGCAGGCUUCUUGUUUCUGAUUUUCUGUUUUCAUAGAUAUACUGGUAUUUCUUCUGAUAUUCCUGAUCUUUUCCUUGUAUUGUUAAGCUGA